AUGGCGGUCCCCCAGCGGACGUUAACGUGGCUAUACUCGGUCUUGUCCAAGGACCAUCACGACCCCAAACAAACCUACCACGAUCCCAACCGGACCUACCACGACGUUGCCAAUGCGCUCGCCCAGUACCCCUCGCUCUCGCCACGAACCGACGUCUACACGUACGAGAAUGGCUUCUCAGCACUCCUCCUCCACCUUGUGGGCACACUCCCUGUCGCCUUCCGGGGCACCACAUACCGAUUCCCGAUUGCGCUUUGGAUCCCGAAUACAUACCCUCGGGAACCUCCUAUCAUCUAUGUGACACCUACACAGGACAUGGCGGUUCGCGUUGGGCAACAUGUGACGCUGGAGGGGCGGGUAUAUCAUCAUUAUUUGGCCCACUGGGCGGAGGCAUGGGAUAGGUCAACCAUUGCCGAUAUGCUUUCCAUUCUUCGAGAAGUGUUCGCCAAAGAACCCCCCGUUCGAUACAGGCAACCGAUGCCCCCUCAGUCGCAGCCGCAACAGACCCCGAUGCAGACUCCACCACCAGUACCUCCUUUGCCUCCUGGGAUGGGACCUUCGACAGCCCAAUCUCAGAGUCCAGCUCACAGUCAAUCCCCCAGCCAAGCCGCCAAUACUCCACCACAGCUACCACCGAAACCAGGUGCUGCUGCGGAGGCUCAACCCCAACCCGCGCGAGGUGCAGAGCGAUAUCAAUCCCCUCCUCCACUCCCUCCAUUGCCACCAAAGGGACCGGAAGCUUCUCGAGGCCCUGCUCCAGUCCAUAUGGGUGCGAUGAGCCCUGGGAGCCGACUAUCUCAUCAGUUCGUUCCGGCGCAACCGUCUAUACAGCCUCAUAUGCAACCAGACUUGGCAACUUAUAACCGUACCCCUGCCGGCCCCAUCAGUCCUGGUGCUAGCUAUGCACCACAUGCAGCCUUCCCUCAGCAGGCUGGGCUGCCUCUUGGAUCUCAAAGACCAUUGUCGCAGCAGCAGUCAUAUACCCAACCACCCCAAGCACAUCCGUCCCAAUAUCCGGGGUAUCAACCCUCACCUGGCCAACAGCAACAGCCACAACCUCAAGGGCCCCCAUAUUCACAGGGUAACUAUCAAGGUCCACCCCCAGCAGCACCAGCACCAGCGUCGAAGAAAGAAACCCCGGAUCUCCUCACAUCUCCCUUCGAGCUCGAACUCCCAUCAUUCACCCCCACGGGUCCUGCACCCCCCAUCCCCCCAAAUCCAGAGAAAGACGCCUUACUCCAUGCCGUCUCCCAAACUCUCGCCGAGACUCUAAAUAACCACGCCGCCCAAUCCGACUCGGCAGCACAAUCUCUCGUCUCGCAAUCCCACUCCCUCCAAGCCGCCAUGGCAACUCUCCAGGGAGAAGUCACAGCCCUAACAGCCCUCCAUUCAACCCUCCAAUCCAACACCGCAAUCCUCCAACAAACCAUCCACCGCGCAGACGCAACUAUCGCAGACGCCCAGGCCCGCUCCGCAUCAGCCGCAACCUCAAACGCCCCCUCCUCCUCAACCGCAACUGGCACAUCCGACUCGCACUCGGGUCUCCCGCCAAUCGACGAAGUCCUCGUCGCGCCGACGGUGGUUGGAAAGCAACUGUACGACCUCGUCGCGGACGAACAAGGUCUUCAGCAUGCGCUGUAUGCGUUACAGUCCGCGCUGGUGCGGGGCGUGAUUGGGGUUGAUUCUUGGUCGAGGCAUACGCGUGGUCUUGCGCGGGAGGCGUUUUUGAAGCGUGCUUUGAUUCGGAAGAUUGGUCGGGGGAUGGGGUUGGAGGAGGGUGUUGCUGUGGUGUGA